CUUUUCACAGGGAACCGCAAACGACCACGUUACUAUUCGAUUUAGACUCCCAAGGGGUCCAAUCCCGUUAUCCUUGGGCGUCUGUCAAUCUCAGUGAGCGCUUCCGGCGCGCUGGGCGGGGCUUCGAGGCCCUGGUCUGGGCUCUUCACUAGCCGCGGUCUGGGCAGCGGCGCGCAUUCAGCCAUGUUCCAUGGAUCGUGCAUGCUGGGUACUACAGAUUUAGCGGGGAGUGCAGAAUAACGGGAGCAAGCAGAUACGGAAGGACUGGAAUUUCCUCGAAUUUAAGGAAUUUAAAUAUCCUUUGGGAUUACGGUGAUGUAACAACUUGGCCCUGUUCCGAGCUGGUGGAAAGAGCAUUUGCAAGCCGCCUGUAAGACUGUAAGGCAGCCGAUACAGUGCGGAGCCGAGAUUUAUUGGGGUUCGGGCGAAUGAAACCGGCGGGGCCACGGAUCUGAGCCUGGGGAGCACGGCGGCUUAGGGGACAGUUCUGACAGCAAGUCGGCACAGCGAUUGCCGUUUCAGCAGAAAUGCUGGCUUUCCCUGUAACGACCGAAAUCCUCCGCGGACAGACCCGGAGACCUCGCAUCUAAACGCCGACCGGACAUCGAUCGUUUCAUUGGGCUGACUAGUCGCCCUUUCCCCCCAGUGUACGAGCAGCGGGUGGGGAACCAAUAGAAAGCCGGGCCCCGGGGGUUUUGCAGUAGGGCGGAUCUCGGCGAUCGGCGAGCAUGUUAGCCGAGGUGAGGCUGAAGAAGUUGGAGCGGCUGCUGCUGGGCGGUCGCCGGGAAGACGAGACGGCGUUGAGCGUCGAGGCGCUGCUGGAUGUGCUACUCUGCCUGUAUGAUGAGUGCAGUGGGUCGCCGCUCCGGAGGGAGAAGCACGUCGCAGACUUCCUGCACUGGGUGAGACCAUUCACCUCCACGGUGAAGGAAAUGCGUCUGCGCAGGGAUGACUUCGAGAUGCUGAAGGUGAUCGGCAGGGGGGCCUUUGGAGAGGUUGCCGUGGUGAAGAUGAAGAACACGGAGCGCUUUUACGCCAUGAAAAUUCUCAACAAGUGGGAGAUGCUGAAGAGAGCUGAGACGGCCUGCUUCCGUGAGGAGCGCAAUGUGUUGGUGAACGGAAACUCCCAAUGGAUCACUGCACUGCACUACGCCUUCCAGGAUGAGAGCAACCUGUACCUGGUCAUGGAUUACUACGUGGGAGGUGACCUGCUCACAUUGCUUAGUAAGUUUGAAGAUCGCCUCCCAGAGGACAUGGCUAAGUUCUACAUCGCUGAGAUGGUCCUCGCCAUCCACUCCAUCCACCAGCUACGCUAUGUGCACAGAGAUAUUAAGCCCGACAAUGUGCUCUUGGACAUGAAUGGUCACAUCCGCCUCGCCGACUUUGGGUCCUGCCUCAAGAUGAUGGAGGAUGGUUUGGUUCAGUCUUCAGUGGCUGUCGGCACACCCGAUUACAUCUCCCCAGAAAUCCUGCAGGCAAUGGAAGAUGGCAAGGGCCGCUAUGGGCCAGAGUGCGACUGGUGGUCGUUGGGUGUGUGCAUGUACGAGAUGCUCUACGGGGAGACACCUUUCUACGCCGAAUCGCUCGUGGAGACCUAUGGCAAAAUCAUGAACCAUGAGGACCGCUUUCAGUUCCCCUCCAACGUUACGGAUGUGUCAGAGGAUGCCAGGGACCUGAUCCAGCGGCUGAUCUGCAGCCGUGAGCAGCGUCUGGGCCAGAGUGGCAUUGAGGAGUUUAAGAAGCACCCCUUCUUCAAGGGCGUCGACUGGGAGAACAUCCACCACAUGGGAGCGCCCUACAUCCCCGACGUCACCUCGCCCUCUGACACGUCCAAUUUCGAUGUGGAUGACGACGUUCUCAAGAACCCGGAUGUGGCACCCCCGCUCUCCCAUGCUGGCUUCUCCGGGCAGCACCUCCCUUUCGUGGGCUUCACUUACACGACAGACAGCUGCUUCUCAGACCGUGGCAGCGUAUGGCGGGCAGUGGACCCCCCUGAGGCGCAGGGGGCCCAGUGCUUCCAGGCUCGCAUUGCCCAGCUGGAGCAGGAGAAGCUGGAGCUGAGCCUCAAGCUGCAAGAAUGCUCCCAGGCUCCUCAGGGUUUGGCAUGGGGAGGCAGCAUUAUUGCAAGGGACAAGGAGACAAAGAAGCUGAACGAAGAGAUCGAGAAGCUUAAGAGGAAACUGGCAGACUCGGACAGGCUGGGGCACCAGCUGGAGGAGGUGGUGAGCCUGCGGCAGAACUACGAGGCCACCUCGAGCAAAUUAAAGGCCCUGGAAGAGCAGAUCAAAAGCCUCCAUCAAGAGAAGGAGGGACUUGAGAAGCAACUGGUGAAAUCUCUGGAUCAGUUGAAGUCCCAGACAAAGAACCAGAAAGAGGCACAACAGCAACGCAGGCUGACCCAGGAGCUAGAGGAACGUGUGACAGAGCUGCGUUCCCAGAAACAGCGACUCUCCCAGCAACUCCGCGACAGGGAGGAGGAGGUGGAGGCAGCUGUGCAGAAAAUGGACGGCCUGCGGCAGGAAACACGAAAGGCUGAAAGGGCUCGCAAGGAGAUGGAGCUACAGCUGGAGGAUGCCAAGGUGCAGCGAUCCAAGGAACGCAAGCUACGUGAGCGAAGUGAGACCUACUCCAAACGGCUGGAGAGUGAGCUGGAGAUGCUCAAGGUAAAACACGGCAGUGAGAGGCGGGCCCCUGGGGGCCCACAGGAGCUGUCCAAAGUGCGGGCAGAGCUGGAGCGCCAGGCAGUACUGCAUGAGGAGGAGCUAGGCCGAAGGCAGACCGUUCACGCCGCUGAGCUCAAGGGCCUGCAGGCAGAGCUGCGCGACUCCGAGGGCCAGCAGGCGACACUUAACACUGAGCUGCUGCAGCUCACGGACAAGUUGGACAAGGCCAAGCGCGAGUGGCAGAGUGAGAUGGAUGAGGCCCUUAGUGCCAUCAAGGAGAAGUAUGAGCGAGAAAGGACCAAGUUCACUGAGGACAACCGAAAGCUGACCUCGGAGACUGAGCGGUUGUGUGCUUUUGUGGACAAGUUAACAACCCAGAACCGGCAGCUGGAGGAUGAGCUGCAGGACCUGGCUUCCAAGAAGGAGAGUGUGGCCCACUGGGAGGCGCAGAUAGCUGAGAUCAUCCAGUGGGUCAGUGAUGAGAAGGAUGCCCGCAGCUAUCUGCAAGCGCUGGCCUCCAAGAUGACAGAUGAGUUGGACUCCCUGCGCAGCUCGAACCUGAGCUCACGGACCCUGGACCCCCUGUGGAAGGUGCGGCGCAGCCAGAAGCUGGACAUGUCGGCCCGGCUGGAACUGCAGUCUGCGCUGGACGCAGAGAUCCGGGCUAAGCAACUAAUGCAGGAGGAUCUGCGUAAGGUCAAGGCCACAAACAUCUCCUUAGAGAGCAAGUUGAAGAACUCAGAGACCAAGAUCCGUGAGAUGGCGGAGCAGCUGGAGGCUCUGAAGAAGGAGCUAGAGGAGAGCCGUUCUGGGGUGAGCCGAGGAUUAAAGCUUCAUGAAUUCCCAGGCUCCAUAUUUGAGUAUUUCAAUACUUCUCCAGUGACCAGCAGCCUGUCAUUUAAGACCAGCUCUACACCUGAGCUUGAAUCCACGCUCCAGAAGCAGGAAAUUUCCUUCUCACCCACUUCGGCUCGAGAACAGAAUGAACAGCUCAAAACACCCCCAGCUGGCCCUAUGCCGGUCUCCCCAAAGCCCAGUGCCCACCAGCUGAGUAUAAAGACCUUCUCUAGUCCCACCCAGUGCUCCCACUGCAGCUCUCUGAUGGUUGGCUUGAUCCGCCAGGGCUAUGCCUGUGAGGUGUGCUCCUUCAUCUGCCACGUCUCCUGCAAGGACUACGCUCCACAGGUGUGCCCCAUCCCCCUGGAGCAGGCGAAGAGGCCACUGGGCAUCGACAUGCACCGGGGCAUUGGCACAGCCUACAGGGGCUUCGUCAGGAUCCCUAAGCCGUUAGGCGUGCGGAAGGGCUGGCAGAGAGUCUACGCUGUACUAUGCGAUUGCAAGCUCUUCCUGUACGACGUCCCUGAGGGCAAGUCCACGCAGCCUGGUGUGGUGGCCAACCAGGUGCUUGAUCUCAGAGACGAAGCCUUCUCUAUAAGCUCGGUGCUGGACUCGGAUGUCAUCCACGCAACACGGAAGGACGUCCCCUGCAUAUUCAGGGUGACAUCAUCGCUGCUGAACUCACCAGCACGCACGGCCUCGUUGCUGGUGCUAGCAGAGAACGAGUCUGAAAAGAGGAAGUGGGUGGGCAUCCUGGAGGGUUUGAAGACCAUCGUGCAGAAGAGCCAGCCCCCAGAACGUUCCGUGCACCUGCUGAGCGAGGCCUACGACAGUGGCCUGCCUGCCAUUAAGAUGACAUUAUCAGCUGCCAUCCUGGACAGAGAACGAGUGGCCUUGGGCACAGAGGAAGGCUUGUUUGUCAUCGAAGUCACCAGGGAUGUGAUUGUACGAGCGACAGACUGUAGGAAAGUGCAGCAGAUCGAGUUGAUACCCAAGGAGAACUUGGUCGUACUGUUGUGCGGCCGCUACCGCCACGUACACUUCUAUCCCUGGGAGGUGCUGGAGGGUGUGGAGGGGGCACACGAUGUCAAGUUGGCUGAGACCAAGGGUUGCCAGGUGCUGACCACUGGUGAGCUGCGGCCUGGGGGCCCUGCCUGUCUGCUGGCCGCUGUCAAGCGCCACUUGCUGUGCUACGAGGUGACCCGUAGCAGGCCACACCACCGCCGCCUCUGGGACGUGCAAAUGCCGGGUGUGGUCCAGUGGCUGGGCAUGUUGCACGAGCGCAUCUGCGUUGGCUACCCGUCCGGCUUCGCCCUGCUUGCCCUGCAGGGGGAGUCCUCACCCGUUAGCCUGGUGGGCCCCACCGACCCAUCGCUCUCCUUCCUGAGCCAGCAGUCUCUGGAUGCGCUGCACGCCACCCCCGUGGGCACCGACGAGGUGCUGCUCUGCUUCAGUCAGCUGGGCGUCUAUGUGAACCGCCAGGGUCGCCGCUCCCGCACCCAGGAGCUCAUGUGGCCAGCCACACCCAUUGCCUGCUGCUCUAACCUAUCCUACCUGAGCGUGUACAGUGACUACGGCAUUGAUAUCUUUGAUAUCAACAGCAUGGAGUGGGUGCAAACGCUCUCUCUCAGGAAGAUCCGACCCCUGAACCUAGAUGGCAGUCUGAAUCUUCUGGGCUCUGAGCAGCCCCGGCUCACCUACUUCAACCAUCACUCGUCAGAGGUUUCUGACUUGACCAUCCCAGAGACCUCAGACAACAGCAGGAAGUUGAUGUUAAGGACACGCAGCAAAAGGAAGUUCCUCUUCAAGGUGCCUGAGGAGGAGAGGCUGCAGCAGAGGAGGGAGAUGCUGAAGGACCCAUCGCUGCGGUCCAGAAUGAUUUCUAACCCCAUCAACUUCAAUCAUGUGGUUCACAUGGGCCCAGGAGAUGGCAUGCAGGUUCUGAUGGACCUGCCUCUGCAGAGUGAGUCUCACUCCCCUACUCCCUCCCAACACCAUGCCUUGAUCUCUCCUCCUACCAACUUUGAACACAUCUAUCACAUGAGCCCUAUGUCCGCUGAGCUCUAUCUACAGAAAGAAUCCUCUUCGCAGCAAAGUCUUCCACUCUCCUCCUCUUCCUCCUCUCCCUCCACCUCCUCCUUGGGAUGGACUGUCGUGCCAUCUUCUCAGGAUGAACCUGUAAAGGAGAGGGUACGGCCGGUCUCCAGCAUCUCCAGUGCCACCCGGCAGCGGAACAAGCCAUUGAUCACACACACUGUAUCGGUUACCGGAGACUUGGGCGGCACUGGAUCAUUACGGAAUGUCUCCGAAGCUGAGCCAGAGGAGAAAGAGCCUGACUUGGACACCACCAAACACUCAACUCCAUCUAACAGCUCCAACCCCAGCUGUCCACCCAGCCCCAACUCCCCCCACCGCAGCCAGCUCACCCUGGAUGGACUGGACUACUCUACCUUUGAUGCUUAAUUUCUGUUGCCAGGGGCCCACUGUUGCUUGAAGUGCCAGGCUGUCCUUUAAUCCUCACCAGAUGCCAGUAUCGUCCACCUUCCAGUUCAGUUCUCUCCCAAAGAAUGAUCAAAGUUCAUGCAGUAUCUUGAAACGACUCCUCAACUAAACCUGCUCCCAUGCUUAAUGAGGGUCUUCUCUUAUUUGCUUUUUCAAGCCUCUUUUCUUCCCUGUACUGAAGAGGUGGUGUCAGCUGGUGUGCCCAUGGGGGUGUAGUAACAUGGAAGGGACUCUGGAAGCUGCAUUUCAGACUGAAUGAGUGUGUAAGGCUUGUCAGCCACCUGCUGGUGGUAGGUGGUAUUACAGACAGAUGGACAGAAUCGCUUGAGUGCGUGCAGAUGCAUGGAUUUCAGGCGUCUGCCCCUGGGUAUUUGUAAGCAAGGUUUGUGUGUAUACAGAGAACUGCACAAGGUUCUGGCAGGGUCCACAAUGAAGGGAGAUGACACAUUGUAAAUAUGAGUCCUCUCACAGAAGAAACUGCUUUUAAGAUGUACAGCAUAUUUAUGAAAAGCCAAGUUUAUCAGAGUUUCAUUCAGAUAGGAAAUUUUCUCCAGUAUCCGUCACACUUCCUGGCCAAUGAGUGAUUUUUUUGUGAGAAUUCGUCGAGCCUGUUUGAGAAUCUGCUGAAGGUUAUUGAAUGCUGUUAUUGAAUUUUAUCACUGAUAAAAUUAACCUGACCUACUAAAGCAGUGUUUCUCACCUCGGUCCUCAGGGACAGUCAGUCGAUCCACCUUUUUGCUGGGAGCUGGGAGGGAGCAAAAGUGUGGACUCUCUGGGGAUCCUUCAAUGCUGGGUUAAGAAACACUGCACUGAACUAUAUGCCUGUCAUGUCUGUCCAUGAGAAUCUAGCAGGACGAACUACAGUUUUCGGAUGUUUUGCUGCUCUUGUUUUGCUGCACAUCAAUCCUGAUCCCAACUGCUGGGUCACGACAUUCACGUUUUAAUUACAGCAUGCCAUGAUCCUAUAUGUCCACAAGGUGGUGCACAGUUUAAUGUAUAUUUUACUUUUAGACUGUUAUAAAAGUAUACAUAAGUCUCAGUUUUCUCCCUGUGUUUCAGUACUAGUAUUUUUUUAAGGUUUUGGCUGGCGUAUGUAACUGCCCAUUCUAGUCUACUUUUAUCCCAUUUCAUGUACUUCAUGUUAUUUGACCCUUUCCAGGUGACAGCCUCACCUUACAUGUGGUGGUUAUGGGUUUUCAGAAACUCGUCAUGCUGUUUUUUUUUUUUUUAAUUCUCCAUCUGUUUAUGAAAAUGGGACUUUGACUCUCCUGCUUUUCUUUAAAAAUUCUUAAUCUUUGUUAUUAUUAAAUUGUCAGGGAUAAUUUUAACAAAAUAAAUGAGGGAUAUAUGUCCA